CCAUCAAUCGAUCAAUCGCCGCCGCCCACUCAACGAGAGAGCAGGACAGAAGGUAGCACAAGCGCAUGCAGCUCGGCUCGACCUCGCCUGUCGCGUGUGGCUUGCACAGCUACCAGAUCCCCAAAGCGUAAGCCAGACGAACGACGUUGGAUUGACUAUCGAAUACCACAUUGCCAUCGCACAAGCAACAUCGCCCACGACAACGCACGAAUCCUGCAACUUGCCGCCUCGACAAACUUGGAAAGCUCAGACUUAAGCGAGGGUCGGGACAAGUUAGAGGUGCCGACGGAUGGCCGGCUCCGGGCACCAGAAUGCCUUCCAGGACUCCCCACCUGAAGACGAGUCUUCCGUCAUCUCUACGCGAGGGCUCGAGGCCUUUGGUCGCAAAGUGACGACGACCGCAAGCCAUCUAAUAGGCCCACUCGCCGAUCCAGCCUCGCACCCCCACUACCAGACCGCUAUGAGCGAGGUACAUAAACAGCUGCGGAGGCCAGCACUCCAGCGCAGCGUGUUCUCCCUCGCGCGCACGACUCCGACAGACCUGGUGCGGUCAAGGCUCUCGUCCAAGGAGAUCCAGUCGCGAGCCUUGUCCUAUGUCCCCGAGGAGAUGCUGAGGAAUAUACCCGAUGAAGAAAACGCCUACUCGCUGUUCCAGGGCUUCCAGGCCACCUUCCCCGACUUUGCCGACGAUGGCAAGAAGCACAAGCGACGAGCCUCGCGGGGGAGGAAGCUCCUCGACGAGAUCCCGACGCACGUUGACAGCCCCCACGCGGUGCAGAAGCUCAGGAAGGAGAAGGCGUCCAUGAUGCACAAGCUCGAGAUGUUCAGCGUCCGCAAGAAUAUGGCUAGCAGCGAGAUUCGCGAGAUCGACAACAAGAUAACUAACCUUCAGGGCAUGCGCAAGAUCAUCCUCGACAGGCUAGCAAGUCUGGAGCAGGAAGAGGCACUACUAGAGCACGAAAUUGUCGACGUUGAGGGCAGGUUAGAAGAGGCCCAGGACCUCGCCGAUGAAGCGGAGUCGGCAGCGAUGCAGACACCGACAAAGUCUGACGAUGACCUCGAGUCCGAGCACGGCGACGUGGUAGGCUUCAUGUCACAGUCAGUGUACGAGAAACUCCCUUCGGCAAGCAGCACGCCAUCCCGGGGCAAAAAACCGCGAAACAUCCGCCGGAAAUCCAUGCCCAUUCUUCAUGAGCACUUCAAGCCAGGCACCAUGAUUCGCUCGGUUCGCGCGCACCAGGACAGCAUCACGGCUCUUGAUUUUGAUGCCCCCUUUGGGCUGAUGGUUUCCGCGGCUAUGGAUGAUUCGGUCCGGGUCUGGGAUCUGAACGCGGGGCGCUGCAUCGGCCUACUCGAGGGACACACGGCGUCGGUCCGCACUCUCCAAGUCGAAGAUAACUUCCUAGCUACGGGGUCUAUGGACGCAACUAUUCGGCUGUGGGACCUCGGUAAGGCGCAUUACGACCCGCAAGGCAGCCAGUUUGGCAAGGACGACGAGGACGACGGUAUUGCGUUUGGCCACCCGGACGAUCAACCGGUGGACCCACCAGCUGGCAGCAUGAGCGACUGUCCCCUUUUCACAUUGCAGGCUCACCUUGACGAGAUCACGGCAUUGCACUUCAGGGGCGACGUCCUGGUUUCCGGUUCGGCCGACAAAACACUCCGGCAGUGGGAUCUCGAAAAGGGUCGCUGCGUGCAGACGCUGGAUGUCAUGUGGGCAUCGGCCCAAGCCUCGGUUCUGUCGGCAGGCGACAGCACCUGGAGGCAGACCAGCCGCGCAACAGACGCGUCGGCGGACUUUGUUGGCGCGUUGCAGGUGUUUGAGUCGGCUCUGGCGUGCGGCACUGCCGACGGCAUGGUGAGGCUCUGGGAUCUGCGCAGCGGGCAAGUCCAUCGCAGUUUGGUGGGCCACACCGGGCCAGUGACGUGCCUUCAGUUUGACGACAUCCAUCUAGUGACGGGAAGUCUCGACAGGAGCAUACGGAUAUGGGACCUACGGACUGGGUCAAUCUACGACGCCUAUGCAUAUGACCAUCCCAUUACGAGCAUGAUGUUCGAUACACGCAGAAUAGUCUGCGCAGCCGGGGAAGACGUGGUCAAGGUAUACGAUAAGGUUGAGGGACGGCACUGGGAGUGCGGCGCCGGCAUUGCCGAGGCAGAAGAGGGCAAGACGCCAGCGAUUGUAGAGCGGGUUCGCAUAAAGGACGGAUAUAUGGUAGAGGGCCGUCGGGACGGUGUUGUGGGGGCUUGGACAUGUUAGAUGUGUGUGUUUGUGUACGUGUAAAAUACAAAAAAGUGCAGCCGGCUCGCGGCAGGUUCCAGUAUUAGCGUGUACGGCUGCAUCUGCCUUGUCUAGGUGUGGGUGUGACUGCGUGUCAUCCAAUUCGUGGUAUUGCCAAGAACUGAAUGUUCAAUUCACACAAAUCACUUAGGUAAGGUUCUCAUCAGCAAACGAACCUCAUCCACAAAGCAGCCGCCCCAGAUGAUCGAGCAAGCAUUCAAGGUCUAGCCAAGCCUUAGGGGCAUGCAAGAACAUCGGACAUAAUCGACCAAGCUGCAGAAGCUCGAAUAGCUCUGCCGAGUGGGGGAGAAAGGGGGGUA